CGUGACCUUUGAUCUGCGACAUUUCAAAAUUUUAAUUUUCAAAAUUUGACUGUAAAAGGCAGCAUAACACUUGAUAGAUCAAGGGUAUAUGAUAUAGAUCUCAAUAUACUAAGGAUCGAUCAAUUCCAAUCUUCUAUUCAUGACCUUAUCUGAUACUGAUUCUGAUCCCAUUGGUUCUACGGAUGAUGAUGAUGAUCAAUUCAAUGUUAUUAAUCUUAUAACGGGAAAUAAACCAGAUCAUAAUAAUAAUAAUCAUAAUAAUAAUAGUGUAACUGGAAGUAUUAAUAGUAUAGCAGGAGAUGGAGAGAUUCGAUCAAGUCCAUCUAAAAUCAAAUAUCUUGAUGCUGAUGAUCUUAAACGACAGAAAAUUAGUCCUGCUUCAUUUUUCAGUUUUAAUGCUAAUGAUCGUCAUGGUGAAGCUGUGAAUGGUCUAAAGAGAAAAUCAUCCAGUGUUAAUCAAUCGGAGUCUCCUGUUAGUAGUGCUGGGUCAGCGACUGCUUCACCAGCUAGAGCUACCAGAGCUACACGUCGUACGCAAGUGAAUUAUAAUGAAAGUGAUAGUGAUGAUGUUCAUGAAGAUGAUGAUACUUAUAGAGAUAGUUUUAAUGACAGUGAGAUUAUCACAACCACUACUAAUACUAGAAGGACUACAAGAACUAGUAAGUCUAAUCAAAGUGAUGAAGAUGAAUUUAAUGUUCAAUUACCUAGUAUAUUCGAAACAGAUGGGAAACGAAAUGAAGUCAUUUCAAAUAAUGAUAAAUUAAUCAAACAAGAUUUAAUCAGAGAAGAAACUCGAUUAAAGAAAAAUUAUCAACGAUUAAUAAUCAAGAAAGAUCAAAUCCUAAAGGAAUUGAAUGAUAAUGGAUCAAAUGGGUUGAAAGUAUAUACUCUUCCCAAAGAUGAACAUUUGAUUGAAAAAGUAUUAAAGAAUAAUUUUAAACAAUCGAAUGCCAGACAUUUUUAUUUCCUUGAUAAUUGUCUUAUACCGACCCCAUCAAAGUAUCUUGAAUAUGAUGAACUUCCCUUCAAAAUCAAUGAUUUCUUCUUUUACAAUAUCACGGAUGAUGUGGAUGUGAGUCAAUAUUUGUUUAAUUAUAAAUCAAUUGUGAAUUAUUGUCUAUUACACGUUCAUGAUCUUGAUAAAUUACAACGAGUCAAUCUAUUGGGAAUUGCAAUGUGGAAAUAUAUGGAGAGGUGUAAACUGAGCAUUGACAAAGAGGAAGUUGAAGCUCAAUUACGAGCCAUUGGAUGUAAUAUUGGAUUGGUUAAAGGUAGAGUUGGUAGUCGAGUAGAUACUUUACUGGUUAAAUUAAAUCAAUUUAAUAAUAAUUUAGAAUUGUCAUUGGUGAGGAUAACGAUUAUUUAUAAUUUUGCCAUUUAUGCUCUUCAACGUGAUGAUCCAGAUGAUUUAGAUUUAGUAAAGUAUAUGAUUAAAGUAUUAUUUUUAAUUAUAAGUGAUUUCAAUCUUAAUAAAAGAUGUUAUCCUGGUUUAGUUCAGUUGGUGCAAAGAGUGAUGCCUGAAUUUUAUGACUUUAACGAAGAUCAUUUGAAUGAAAAGAAAUUGGAUUUGGCAAAGUUUUGCUAUCAUGCUUUGAAAGAUACUUUACAAACUAAAAUCAUUAAUCAAGAAGAAUCAUCAAGUCUGAACAAGCGAUAUGAUUAUGAAUUACAAUUCAAUGUGCUUAAGUUAUUUCAUAAUGCAUUUAUCAAGUAUGAUGAUAUCGAUUUUCAAAAAUUCAUCACUAAUUUAUCAUUAUCUUUCUUAUUUGAUAAAAGUUAUAAUAAUUAUAAAAAGAAAACUAAAAAUGUUGGACUCACGCCUAAUGUGGCGGUAUUAGAGACCAUAUUUAAUAAGAUGUUAGCUAUAGAUAUGAUUAAAGGAUUAGAGAAUAAUGAUAUUGAUAUCAUUAAUCAAGUCUAUCAUAUUCAUUAUAAGAUCUUAUUAAUUAAUUUAAUAAUGCUUCGAUCAUAUGUGAUUGAUCCUGAAAUGAAGAUUAAAAAGGAUGCGAAAUUAACUGAAUCGCAAUUUGAACAAAUUAGAUCCCAGAAUGUAACUCGAUUGAAAUCGUUACUUUCCUUAAUUGAUAAAUUAAAGACAAAAAUGUAUGAUAGUAUAAGACAAAUUGGAUUCAUAAAUAGUAAUAAUAAUCCGAAUAAAGAACAAGAUGAGGGGGAAAGCGACGAUCUGGAUGACGAUAAGGAUACGACGAGGAGUCAUACGAUCAAUACUGAAGAAUUGGUUAAAUACGUUACUGAUUCAUUUCAUACGUUGAAUUAUAUAUAUAAUAAGUUUGAUAAUGAUUUAUAUCCUAUUAAUGAUGAUAUAUUUUAUAACACAGGUUAGCUAGCUUUAUAGAUUUAAUACAUAGACCAUCAUACAGUUAUCC